GUGUGUGUGUGUAUGUGUGUGUGUGUGUGUGUGUGUGUGCCCAGGACAGCGUGCUUGAACCUCAAUUGGAUAAAUUGGAUAUAAGCACAAAAAUCAGUUAAUGACAAGAUCGCUUAGUAAAACGGGGUCGUGGUCGCAAAGUAUAUACAUUUAACGUUUUUAAGCAGCUCAAAAGUGACGAAGUCUAGGUGCCGCGAAACUGCAGGUAGUGUAUUUAAUAAUGUAUGGUACGGGUUUUAUCGGUUUGUAACAAGUUUUAAUGAUCUCAACUAGUCUCACAUUCGUCGGCCUUCCGUCUGUUUUAGCGCCAGGAACGGUUAAUCUCCUAUCAGACGAGUUGGCGGGUUCUUGUACUUUUAAACACGAUAACUGGUGACGCAUGAAAACACACUACGUGUGGAAUCGCUUCAACACCCCCUCGUCCUUCACACGUGGUUGGGUAACAUUACUUGUUAAGCGGUACUAAACGUAAGCGAUCAGUGCAAGCAGACGACAGUUACGGUAUUCGUAAACUCAUGCAGUACACUGCAUAUUGGAUAUUACCUGGACAGAUAUUAUCAAAAUGCAAAUAUUUAAUGGGUGUGUUAUCACAACAGAUGUUACGAUGCACUUACGGCUAAAGAGAUUACAAGUGUAUUUGGAUGAUGUCCAGAUGAAUCGACAGAAUGUAAUCAAACAUAUUCAAGAUCGAUAACCGAGGAGUUAUGCUUUCUCUGAAUGCGAUUCUUGGAUUAUCUUUCUUAAUGGCGGUUUUCGGAUCCAUCUUACUAAGUUUGUUGAUAUGUGUUCAGGACUUCUUCAAAACGAGAUUCUCACUCCCGAAACUCUACUACAGAGAUUGCACGCUGACGAGUCACUUGCUCAAAAAGUGUCGUCUGCGCGAGCGACUCUUUUGUCCUCCAUUUUGGCUGAGUAACUCUCACGUGCAGACGAUACUUUCCGCCAUUUUACCCUCAGCAGACGUGACGUUUGAUCGGGAAUACCUACAAAUGAGGGACAAGGGAGUUAUUGCGCUUGACUGGGUGGUGAGCGUCCAGCCAAUCAUCAAGAAGAAGAGGACGAUUCUCUUGAUUAUCCCUGCAAUCACUAGUGAUGCCGUGAGUGCCAGUGCCUUGUGUCACCUUGCCGCUCAGCGCGGGUUUAAAUCCGUGGUGUUCAACCGUCGAGGUCACGGCGGAAGUGUCCUCACGACUCCAAAGCUCCAGAGUUCCGGAGACCCCGUCGAUCUCAGACAAGCGGUUAAAUAUAUCAGAUUGAAAUUUCCAAAGUUCAAACUGGCAGCCGUGGCGUAUGGCACGGGCUGUGGAUUACUGAUAUCAUACCUCGGCGAGUUCGGGUCGUCUUCGUUGAUUUCCGUAGGAGCCUGCGUCUCGCCUUGUUACGAAGCCUCCGAGCGGUUCUCCAAUUCCAUGCAUAGUAUAUAUGAUUACCUCUUCUUGUUUAAGCUGAAGACAGUGUUGUGUUCUCACGCCACCGCUCUUUCCCAGGUGGUGGACCUCAAUAAAGCGCUACAGGCGUGGAAUUUUCACACCUACGAGGAGUUGGUGUACUGCAAGAUGUAUGGAUUCGAAAGUAUGGAGGAAUUCUGGGAAAGGAAUAAUCCCAUUCGAGAUGUUGACGACAUAUCAGUGCCUGUUUUGUGCAUAAAUAGUCUCGACGAUCCGUUUUACGCGGAAAGUGGCAUUCCAUACGAUAUAUUUAAAUAUUACCCGAACUUCCUUCUCGUUGCUACUGAUCGUGGUGGUCAUUGCGGAUUUGUAGAAAAUCUCUCUUCGCAGUCCUGGGCAGACAAGCUUUCGCUGGAUUACAUUGAUGCAGUCUUUGAAUUUACAACCAAAGGUUACACUGUAAACAACAGAGGCAAAGUCCGCUCAACUAUUUAAUUCCAAUUUACAUAAUUCUGUUCGGAGUGAGUUAUGAUAUGUUCUCAUGCGUUGAUAACAAAUUAAGCUGAAUGUACAUUCCAGAUGCCUAUGCAUUCUGUUAAUGCAUAAUAUUCUUAGGAGUUCGUGAUGUUACAACUCGAAACCUCAAACUCCAACUCAGCAAGUAACACAGGACCGAAGCUUAGAUUACAAACUCACCAUAAAAGCCACUUUACAAUCUGUACCUUAAAUCCAGUGUAGAUAUAGGCACCGUUUUACGAAGCGAUCUUAGCGCUAAGAUCACCUCAAGUGCAUACGGUAUAGUCAAGUAUUCUUAGCGCUAAGAUCACCUCAAGUGCAUACGGUAUAGUCAAGUAUUUUUAGAGCUAAGAUCACCUCAAGUGCAUAAGGUAUACAUGGGCGUACAUAGGAUUUUGAAAAGGGGGGUUCCAAAAUAGAUUGCAGAGAUAUUGGGCAUAUAUUUCUAUGUUGAGUUUUGAAAA